AUGCUCCCCACCCCCGGCCGCUCAGGAGGACCUGGGGGGCCUCCCUCUCUACCUCGCCACUGGGGAAGGAAGGAGGCGGAGGAGAGGAAGAGUGAGAGGAAGAAGCGGGCGCCCCGCAAGGGCCUCGCGAGUCGGCAGUCUCUUCCAGAUAAAGGGCGGGGGGGGCAGCCGUCUCCACCGUCGCCGCCGCCGCCGCCUCCACCACAGCCGCCGCCAGCGCCGCCGCCGCCUCCGAUUCCACCCGGCAGGGGGGACACCUCAGCCCUCCCUCCCUCCCCGCUCAGCCCCUCCGAUCGGCCGCCGCCGCCGCCAACUCCCUCCGCUCGCUCGCCUCCCUACCUCCCUCUUUCUCCGCCCUGCACCCCUCCCCCGACACUCGGAGCCUCUACGCCCGCCUUGCGAAGGCUGGAGCGAGAACGUUGCCGGGCCGCGCGGAUAGGCGCGGGCGGCCGCCGGGGCCGUGCGGGAAGGGGCGUCGAGGCUAACAGCUCCGGGAGGGCCCGGGAUCCUACUUUUGAAGUUUUAUCCCGGCCGCCGUUACUUGGAGGGAUGUGUGUGUGGAGGGAAAGAGCAUGUUUCCCCUCUCCUCCCGCCCUCAACGGGGGCCGGUCGCAGUUUGGGUUGAAAGGAGAAAAGAACUCCGCUCCCCGCGGCUCGACCCGUCCGGAAGCGGGCGGCGGGACCUGCAGGGCAGCCGGCCUUGCUGCGCGGGAAGGGGGCCCUGAGGUCCCGGCCGGGGGCGGACCGGACGCCGCGGCCGCCCCGCGCUUGCUCCCGGCCGGGCCGCCGAGGGCGGCAGGUGGGCCUGCGGCGGAGGCGGGUGUGAGGCGGCUGCGGGGCGGAGACACACCCCCUCUGAGGCCGGCGGCUAGGAGGCCUCAGGCUGAUGGGGGUGACCCGAGCGGGGGACCGGCGGCGUCCCAAGGGUGUGCGGGACACGUCCUAAAAGGCUCGGAGCUCGCAGCUUCGAGUCUGGAAAAGCGUGUUGGGCUCUUGAGUUUUCUUGAGCCCUGUCACACACACACACACACCCUUUAA